ACGUGCAAGAAAUUGGCCAAUCGCAAAACCAAACCAAUCGGAAUGUGGUCGAGGAAAAAAAAUAAAAAUAUUCAAUAUGGCUACGGAUCAUACGACGUGAGCUGUCAGCUGUAAUAUUUUCUCUUUCUUUGUGUUUAUUACUGUUUUAAAAUGUUAUGAUUGCUGAAAACCCGCGAAUAUGGGUGCGAAAGACUCAAAACCUUGUUUUAUAUCUUACGAGGAUGCAGUGAAACGAGUGUCUGAUAGCGAGUUGAGGCGUAUUCGCGAAGCGUUCAAGAGAUGUGCCGGCGCGAACGGGACGUCCUUGAGCUUGGAGGCGUUUGUUCGCGAAGUUUUGAGCGACGGAGUGCCUUAUGAGGUCGCGGACUGGCUGUAUCAGGCCUGCGGCGGCACCAAGAGAGGAAUUGCCUUUAAGGAGCUGCUGUGUGGGAUCGUGGUCCUGACUAAAGGGAACAUAGAGGAGAAAAUCAAAUUUUUGUGGACAUUAUAUGUCAACAAUCAGGGUGACAAUGGCACAUUCAUAUAUAAGUGGGACUUUGCCAGUGCCCUGCACAUGGAAAACAUAUCUUUACCCUUUACUGGAGCUCACCGUAGUGCUGAAAUACUUACCAGCCUGUUCGGACCGAACGAUAAAGUGACAUUUGAGCAGUUCCGUUCAUGGCUAUUAAUUCACAAGGAUGCAACAGUGCUGUCAAAAUGGUUGCUGUCUGGGAAGGCCAAUGCGGUACAGGAGCUGGACACACCAACAUUUUAUCAAAGCUUGGCUGGUGUCACACAUUUGGAGGAGAGGGACAUAGUCGAGCUAGAAAAAUGCUUCUGGUCCCUUCGCACUUCCGCGCCCACGGGCCAACUGGACAUCGAGAGUGUCGCCCCCCUUCUGUCGCACCCCCUACCGAAGGCGGCCGUGGCUGGCGUGUUCCUAGCCUUCGACGAGAACAGGGACGGACACGUGGACUUCAAGGAGCUCUGCUGCGGGCUCAGCGCCGCCUGCAGGGGCCCGAGGACCGAGAGGCUCAAGUUCUGCUUCAAGAUCUUCGACCUAGACAGAGACGGUGUGCUGAACAAGAAAGAGCUAGUCGAUAUGGCUGACAUACUGUGCACGGUCGCCAACGAGCACCUGAGGAACCAGAGCUCGAGGGCCUCGACGCCUUCUGAUGAUGAUGGGGACAAGGGGUUUGACCCUGAGGUGGUGUUACUGAAUUUGAGAGACAAGCUGGUGACCAGCGUGCCUAAGAAUGGGAAGAAACCGGUGUUUCAGCUCGGACCGGGGGACGGAGUUGAUGCUCCGAAGCAGAUACAGGACAAGAUCGAUAGUAAAAUAGACAGCAUGAAUCUAAUAGCGGUAGACACCGCAUUAACGCAAGAAGAUUUCCUGAUCUGGGCAGUAGAGAGCGCAGACAACUUAGUGGCGCCAUUCCUACAACUACUGUUCGAAGUCUGCCACAUUGUCCUCGGGUUGAGGCCGCAGUGCAAACAUCAGGAGAGGGAUAUUGUACUUGGGUGGCUGCGGCGGUCCGUGCAGCGCGGCUACUCCGUGGGUCAGUUCUGGUACCUGAUCGCUUCUGAAUGGUGGGGCGCGUGGGCCGCCCAUACAGCGGGAGACGGACCCUGCUGCCGCGCCAGACCUGACGAUGUAGUCUGCGACGAGUCCUUCACCACCACCAGCACAGAAUCGAUGGGAUCAUUAUUGUGGCGCGCCGAGACGACAUCUCUGGGCUCGGCCAGCAGCGGCGUGGGCAGCGCCGGCGCCCGACCCAGGGCUCCCGGACCAAUUGAUAACAGGAGAUUACUGGCCCCUAAUCCACUUAAGGUCCGAACGCUAACAGGCGAGGGCGGGCACCUCCGUAAGGAUGUGACUCUGGCUCAACACAGAGAUUUCGAAUUAGUCCCUGACGCGCUGUGGCGCGCCUUGGCGCUGUGGUACGGCGGCGCGGAACCGCUGCCGAGGCAGGUAAUUCGUCCGCCCAACUCUGACGUGGAAUUAGAACUAUAUCCACUCAACCUGAAGAUACUACGGCACGUCGCAGUACCACAAAGAAUGAACUCUGUGUCAGCCGUGGGUGGAGUGUCGAUGUACUCGAGCGUGCCGAUGGCGCCGCCCGCGCCGCCCGCGCCGCCGGAGCGGCAGCUGGCCUAUACGGCCGCCUUCUCGAGACUGGCUACUGUCAAACAGGUGUCAGAAUUCCUCUGCCAAGCCCUAGGGCUCCAGCGCGAGGACGUCCGCCUCUGGUCGUUCGGCACCAACGCGGUACUCCUGGACGACGAAAACUGGACGCUCGCCGAACUGCGCUGCGACGAGAGAACGAGACUAUUACUGGAAGUUAGAAACGCGGAUCUUACGUGGCCUGAGGAAAUUGGAGCGCUCAGCGGCGGCAACCGUGCAAUGGAACGACGUGAGACUCUUAUACCGCCUAAUCUUCCUGGAGCUACGGGCCUACAUAACCUAGGAAACACUUGCUAUAUGAACGCAGCUUUACAAUCGGUAUGGAACACGGGGCCACUAACUCGGUACUUCAACUCCGGAAUGCAUCUGUACGAAGUAAACACAACCAACCCGCUAGGCACGAAAGGUGCUUUAGCGGUGCGCUACGGAGAACUGUGUAAAGAGGUGUGGUCGUGCAGCGCGCGCUCGGUGGCGCCGCUGCGCGUGCGCUGGUGCGUGUCGCGGCACGCGCGCGCGCUCGCGGGCGGCGGCCAGCACGACGCGCAGGAGUUGCUAGCGUGGCUGCUGGACGCGCUGCACGAAGACCUCAACAGGGCCGAGGCUCAACCGCUGCCGAUCAGAGACAGCGACGGCAGACCAGACCAGGAAGUAGCAGCAGAAGCGUGGGCAGCGUACGCAGCGCGCAACGCGUCCAUCGUCACCGACCUCUUCUACGGACAACUGAAGUCACGUGUCCGCUGCGACGUCUGCGCCGCGGAGUCCACUCGCUUCGACGCCUUCAACAUGCUGAGCCUGCCCUUACCUGUGGAGCAGUCUUUAAGGGCACAGGUUAUAGUAAUGCUGCUGGACGGGUCGGUGCCUGUCAAGUACGGUGUGCUGGUCAACUCGGAGGGCACGUAUUUCGACCUCAAGAAGAAACUUUCAGAACUCUGCGGACUUGUUCCUGAAUCGAUGAUAAUAGUGGAACUGAACGGUGCGACUAUCGGGCGGGUGUUGGACGACAACGCCAAGAUCUUCGCAGCCACGGCGCUGGAGUUGUACGCGUAUGAGACUCCGCGCGAAACCGGCGAGGAGUGUGGCUGCGACCACCAACAAGAGUACGCGGGGACUGAGGCCGAGGGGACGGCGCGGGCGGAGGUGAGUGCGCGCGCGCCUAACACUUCCUCACUCUGCAUGCCAGCACUCUUCUGCUUCAAGCGGUCCAAAUCCGAAAUCCUCAUGUCUCAGAGCCCUCCGAACACCUUCUACAAGUACGCAGACAACGAAGAUUACCGCACUCUGCCCAAGAGGGACAAGAACGGAAACAGCUCGCCGACUCUUUCCGUCAAGAGCUUGAACUUGAAGGCCAGCCCGAGACUGGGCAAGGUCAAGUUCGGUUCGUCUCCCUCUAAUAUGAACAAGAUGAAUGAGACGCAAGAGAGCCAGGCGCCGAGGAGGAUACAGUAUUUGGUAGCGGUGCAUCGAAAACAAACCCGCAUGGACGCCUACUUCCUCCCAGCUCAGCGCAGCAAGCCCGCGCUGUUCGGUGUACCUCUACUAGUGGGCGUCGCGCACGGCAUGUCCGGCCGCAGCGUGUACGCGCAGGUGUGGACGCAGGUCGCGCGGCUACUGAGCGCGCGUCCGCUAGACGCCAGCAACCAUGCCACAGACUGCGACGACAGCCUCGGGUACGAGUUCCCGUUCACGCUGCGGCUGGUGUCGGGCGGCGGCGCGUGGUGCGCGCUGUGCCCGUGGCCGGCGCUGUGCCGCGGCUGCGCGCUGCCCAGCGACGACGCGCCGCUAUGUACCUACGCUCACACUAUCCUCCUCACCGACCACAGCCUCGGGUACGAGUUCCCGUUCACGCUGCGGCUGGUGUCGGGCGGCGGCGCGUGGUGCGCGCUGUGCCCGUGGCCGGCGCUGUGCCGCGGCUGCGCGCUGCCCAGCGACGACGCGCCGCUAUGUACCUACGGAAACAACGCUUGUCCACAACGGUGCGCGCAACAACCACAUAUCGAUGCGGACACGCCCGACUCCAGCUCCCCCAUCGCCAGGGCCAAGCUCCGGCAGAACACCGCGAGAGCUGGCGAGAACCAGGAAUCGUGUGAAGGCUCGCUGACGCGGCUGGACUUCAGUCUGCUGCGUCAGCUGCGCGGCCGACGCGGCGCGCAGCUCGCCAUCGACUGGGACCCCACCGCAUUGCAUCUGCGGUACCAGUCUACCAGAGAAAAGGCUUGGGUGAUCCACCCAUCAGUGUCCGAAAGCAGCGCCCUAGCGGCCCGACCCGUGGACCUAGCCUCCUGUCUCCGAGCCUUCACCUCUCAAGAGCGCCUAGAACAACGCUACCACUGUGCGAGAUGUAGGGCCGCCCAACCCGCCACCAAAGUGCUGCAGAUAUGGCGACUGCCUCCUAUACUGGUUAUUCACUUGAAGCGAUUCCAGUACGUGAACAACAAAUGGAUCAAGUCACAGAAGGUGGUCAACUUCCCGUUCCAGGACUUCGAUCCAUCGCCAUACCUCGCAUCAGUACCACAGGAGACCAUCGCAAGGCACAUGGAAAUUAAUAACAUCUACAGGCGGAGAUCGUCAAUGUUCGUGGACGUGGAAGACACCAUCUCGGAAAGCGAGAGCGAGACAGAGAGCGAAGUUGAAGAGCCUCAACCCGCCACGCCAACGGCCAAGAGCAAAGACCCGCACAAACUCAGAGUGAAAAUCAACAAGCGGCGAGAGUCGUGCGAAGUCCGCCGGCGAGAGCGGCUGGAGUCCACGAGCCUCCUGGCCACGCCCGUCACCGACGACAACCUGCUGGACUACCACCAGCACCUCCUCUCCGAGAACCAGGACCCCUUCCAGCUCAAGUACCGGCUCUAUGCCGUCGUGUCGCACUCGGGGCAGAUGAGCGGCGGGCACUACGUGGCGUACGCGCGCAACCCGAGCGGCACGUGGCUCUGCUACAACGACUCCAUGUGCCGCGAGCUCGGCGCCAGCCCGCCCAUCGACCCCGCCAGCGCCUACCUGCUGUUCUACGAGCGGCAGGGGCUGGACUAUGAGAGGUACCUGCCCGACAUAAAAGGCAAAGAGCCCGUCAUCAAAGACUCGGAGACCCUCGACCCUGACGAGAGCGACCUGCGGAAGAUGUGCGUUAUAGCGUAGAUUACGUGCGGUGCGGUGGCGCGGUGAGUUCAUCAAUACUUC